GUUUAAAUAGCGGCCGUGGCCACCCACCUCCACCGCGCAAAACCAAAGUGGCUUAGGUUUUUUAUGUGCAUACCAUCUCGAACUUUCACAAAAGCAUCUCAGUUAACCACUUCUCACAUCCUCAAUUCUGCCCCCAGACCUUCUCAAUGGCCGACGGGAGAAUGUCCGCCGACUUGAACCUCUACGGCACCCUCUCAGGCCCCUCCACCACCGACGAGACCUGGUCAGGCUCCCUCCCUUUCUACCUGGACGACACCAUUCCCCCAGACUGUCUUUCUCUUCCUCUGUUCGAAGAUAACGACCAAUGGCUUCUCAAUUCGUUUUCGCCGCCCGUGUCUUGGGCCACUGGACCUACUCUCCGAAACAUCCCCACCGCUAGCUCGGAAGCCAGUUUCAUCGCUCCUUGCCAGACAGUACACAAUACUACCAGUGAUUACGUGCAAAAAUGCUCCCCGAUGCAGGCUACCUUUCCACAAUCUGCACCCGCCCAGACGUCUCCCACUCCUAUGCACGAAAUCACCUCGCGGGGUAGCAUCAUGAGCGUUAGCAGCGGUGGCAGCGCCGAUAGCAAUCAAUCCGGCUUUAGUAUUCCCAGCUACAGCAGCAGUAAUGGGAGCCCGGUAUAUGGUCGUCGAGGGAGCUCCCGUCGGCCUCCAUCUCAAGGCUUUGAAGUGAACGAGCGCGAACGACGCAAACGCGAGCGUUUCCUCGAGCGUAACCGUGUGGCUGCCAAUAAGUGCCGCAAGAAGAAGAAGGAGCAUGCUAACCAGCUGGAGAGUCGCUUCAAGACGGUCUCGCGGGAGAAUAAGCUCUUGGAAAGCCAAGCGGAUCACCUGCGAAGCGUAAUCUUGAACCUUAAAAGCGAGCUGCUGCGACAUUCCCACUGUGGAGAUGAGAGGAUUAAGUGCCAUUUGGCAAAAUUGGUGAAGCAGCUUUCUGAUAAAACUGGCACGACAGCUUAGAGUUCGGAGGAGAAGAAAGAAUCAUUACCUCCAACAGAGAGCCCCAAGAAGGAGCAGGAUAUGGCAAUGGAUAUUGAGGAUCUGUGGUGCAGCUUACGGCUGCCGCGGAUGGCUCAGUAACAGAGGCAAAAAGAUCCUGGGUAAAGGUCUGAUUUCGAGAUCGUUGAUGGUUUGUAUAUAAUGACCUGUGAUGAUAUGAUCAAUGUAUAUAUGAUGAGGCGCUGUAGAUAUUUCUGUUUUCUUCCUCUCUCGACGUCCCUACCUUUUAUCCUUUCUAAUGAUUUUUUCC